CCCCUUCCCGUCUCCGGCGUAGGGCUACGAACUGUCUUCCUCAUCCCCGGUUGCUCGUGAUCAUGGGACAGGAACCGCGCACGCUGCCGCCCUCCCCUAACUGGUACUGCUCCCGAUGCAGCGAUGCCGUGCCCGGGGGCCUCUUCGGCUUCGCGGCGCGGACCUCUGUCUUCCUUGUCCGCGUGGGCCCGGGAGCGGACGUGAUCCCAGGGACGUCUCCAUUUCGAGUCAUAGGGGAGUUGGUGGGACACACCGAAAGGGUGUCUGGCUUCACGUUUUGUCAUCACCCGGGUCAAUACAACCUCUGCGCCACCAGCUCUGAUGACGGGACUGUGAAAAUCUGGGAUGUAGAGACAAAAACAGUUGUGACGGAACAUGCGCUCCAUCAGCAUACAAUAUCAGCAUUGCAUUGGUCUCCUCUAGUAAAGGAUUUACUGGUAUCUGGAGAUGAAAAAGGAGUAGUUUUCUGUUACUGGCUUAACAGAAAUGACAGCCAGCACCUCUUUAUAGAACCCAGGACAAUUUUCUGUCUUACUUGCUCACCUCAUCAUGAAGAUUUAGUAGCCAUUGGCUACAAGGAUGGCAUAGUGGUUAUAAUUGACAUCAGCAAGAAAGGAGAAGUUAUACACAGGCUUCGAGGCCACGAUGAUGAGAUCCACUCCAUAGCCUGGUGCCCCCUGCCUGGUGAAGAUUGUUUAUUCAUAAAUCAAGAGGAAAAUUCAGAAGAACUUGAAAUCCCCAAUGGGAAAGUUAUAGCACAAACUCCAGUAAAAAAAGGCUGCUACUUAGCCACUGGAAGCAAAGAUCAGACCAUUCGUAUCUGGAGCUGCUCUAGAGGCCGAGUGGUGACGACUUUGAAAUUGCCCUUUCUGAAGAGAAGAGGAGGGGGUAUAGACCCAACUGUUAAAGAGCGCCUUUGGUUGACACUCCAUUGGCCCAAGGGUCAGCCAACACAGCUGGUAUCCAGCUGUUUUGGAGGCGAACUGCUACUAUGGGAUCUCACUCAGUCUUGGAGACGGAAAUAUACCCUCUUUAGUGCUUCAUCAGAAGGGCAGAAUCAUUCAAGAAUUGUGUUUAAUUUAUGUCCUCUACAAACUGAAGAUGACAAACAGCUGCUGCUUUCCACAUCAAUGGACAGAGAUGUAAAAUGUUGGGACAUGGCCACCCUGGAGUGCUGCUGGACCCUGCCUUCCCUUGGUGGGUUUGCCUACAGUCUGGCUUUCUCUCCUGUAGACACAGGCUGUUUGGCGAUAGGCGCUGGUGAUGGCAUGAUCCGUAUAUGGAAUACAUUCUCCAUAAAGAACAACUAUGAUGUGAAAAUUUUUUGGCAGGGUGUCAAGUCCAAGGUUACAGCGCUCUGCUGGCACCCAACCAAGGAAGGCUGCUUAGCUUUUGGAACUGAUGAUGGAAAAGUGGGAUUGUAUGACACCUACUCCAACAAGCCUCCACAGAUUUCUAGCACAUAUCACAAGAAGACUGUAUACUCAUUAGCCUGGGGGCCACCGGUACCCUCCAUGGCACCCGGAGGAGAAGGGGACAGACCUUCCCUCACUUUAUACAGCUGUGGAGGGGAAGGGAUUGUCUUACAACACAACCCCUGGAAGCUUAGUGGAGAGGCCUUUGACAUCAACAAACUCAUCAGGGACACCAAUUCAAUCAAAUACAAAUUGCCUGUACACACAGAGAUCAGCUGGAAAGCAGAUGGCAAAAUCAUGGCUCUUGGCAAUGAAGAUGGAUCAAUAGAAAUAUUCAAGGUUCCUAACUUGAAACUGAUCUGCACCAUCCAGCAGCAUCACAAGCUUGUGAAUACUAUUAGCUGGCAUCAUGAGUAUGGCAGCCAGCCAGAGCUGAGCUAUCUGAUGGCCUCUGGGUCCAACAAUGCAGUCAUUUAUGUGCACAACCUGCAGACCGUCAUAGAGAGCAAUCCUGAAUCUCCAGUGACCAUUACAGAGCCCUACCGGACCCUCUCAGGGCACACAGCCAAGAUUACCAGUCUGGCAUGGAGCCCACAUCAUGACGGAAGGCUGAUAUCUGCUUCCUAUGAUGGUACAGCUCAGGUGUGGGAUACUCUCCAGGAAGAGCCUCUAUGCAAUUUCCGAGGACAUCGAGGUCGACUGCUUUGCAUCGCAUGGUCUCCGUUGGAUCCAGACUGCAUCUACUCAGGGGCAGAUGACUUCUGUGUGUACAAAUGGCUCACUUCCAUGCAAGAACAUUCCCGACCUCCUCAAGGCAAGAAAAAUAUUGAAUUAGAGAAAAAAAGGCUCUCUCAACCUAAGCCAAAGCCCAAAAAGAAGAAAAAGCCCAUCUUGAGAGUGCCUGUAAAGCAGGAAUUGUGUGACGGGAAUGAAGAAGAGAGUGUUAAGGAGAGCUCGGGCCCUGUUGAGAAUGGAGUGUCAGACCAGGAGACUGAGGAGGAAGCCCGGGAGCCAGAGCUACCCUGUGGUGUCACCUCGGCAGUCUCUAAAGAACCAGUUAUCUGCACUCCAGCAUCCUUAGGCUUUGAAAAGUCAAAAGUCACCAUUAAUAACAAAGUCACUUUACUGAAAAAGGAGGCACCUAAAGAAAAGUCAGAAGCCUUAAUCAAGAAGCGAAAAGCUCGUUCCAUGCUUCCACUGAGUACAAGUCUGGACCACAGAUCCAAAGAGGAGCUUCAUCAGGACUGUUUGGUAUUAGCCACUGCAAAACACUCCAGAGAGCCAAAGGAGGAUGUGUCUGCUGAUCUUGAGGAAAGCCUUCACCUGGGGCUUUUCACAGACAGGGCUGCCCUGUACAGAAUGAUUGAGGUUGAAGGAAAAGGUCACUUGGAAAAUGGCCACCCUGAAUUAUUUCACCAGCUCAUGCUUUGGAAAGGAGAUCUAAAAGGUGUUCUGCAGACUGCAGCAGAAAGAGGGGAGCUGACAGACAAUCUUGUGGCUAUGGCACCAGUCGCCGGUUACCACGUGUGGGUAUGGGCCGUCGAAGCUUUUGCCAAACAACUGUGUUUUCAGGACCAGUAUGUCAAGGCUGCCUCUCACCUACUUUCUAUCCACAAAGUGUAUGAAGCUGUGGAGCUGCUCAAGUCAAACCAUUUCUACAGGGAGGCUAUUGCAAUUGCCAAGGCCCGGCUGCGCCCAGAGGACCCGAUCCUGAAAGACCUGUACCUCAGCUGGGGAGCCAUCCUAGAAAAAGACGGCCAUUAUGCCUUAGCAGCCAAAUGCUAUUUAGGAGCCACUUCAGCUUAUGAUGCAGCCAAAGUUUUGGCCAAAAAGGGGGAUGUGGCAUCACUUAGAACGGCUGCAGAGUUGGCUUCCAUCGUAGGAGAGAAUGAGUUGUCUGCUACCCUGGCUCUCAGAUGUGCCCAAGAACUGCUUCUGGCCAGGAACUGGGUGGGAGCCCAGGAAGCCCUGCAGCUCCACGAAAGUCUAAAGGGUCAAAGAUUGGUGUUUUGCCUUCUUGAGCUACUGUCCAAGCACCUGGAGGAAAAGCAGCUUUCAGAGGGCAAAAGCUCCUCCUCUUCUUACAAUGCGUGGCCCGCAGGCAGCGAGAGGCCCUUUGUGGAGAGGGUGACUGCAGUAUGGAAAAGCGCCUUCAGCCUCGACUCCCCAGAGCAGUCCCAGGCAGCAUUUCAACAGCUGCAAGAUAUCAAGUACCCAUCUGCUACAAGUAACACUCCCUCCAAGCAGCUCCUGCUUCACAUUUGCCAUGACCUGACCUUGGCAGUGCUAAGCCAGCAGGUGGCCUCCUGGGACGCAGCUGUGGAAGGACUGCUUCGGGCUGUGAUCCGGAGCUACAACUCAGGAAACUUCACCAUCAUGCAGGAAGUGCACUCAGCCUUUCUUCCAGAGGGCUGUGACCACCUAAGAGACAAACUGGGUGACCAUCAGUCCCCCACCACACCAGCUUUCAAAAGUUUGGAGGCCUUUUUUAUUUAUGGACGUCUGUAUGAAUUCUGGUGGUCUCUCUCCGGGCCUUGCCCCGAAUCCAGCGUCUGGGUAAGGGCUGCUCACAGAAGGACAACCUCUGUUGAGCAGAGCCAACAGCUUGACAAUGUCAGCCUUGAAGAAACUGACCCCAAAGCUUCCCAGCCAGAGCCAAGCAGGACUCUAGAACUAGACGUGAGACUCACAGAAGAAGGUGAGCAAAUGCUGAACGCUUGUAAGGAGCUCUUUUCAGAAGAGCACGCUGGUCUCCAAAAUGCACAGAGAACCAUUGCUGAAGUCCAAGAGACCUUGGCAGAAAUGAUCCGCCUACACCAGAAGAGUCAACUUUGUAAAUCCACAGCAAAUGGCCCUGAUAAGAAUGAACCUGAACAGGAAGCAGAACAGUCCCUCUCUAGUCCCCAGAACCAGUGUAAAGAAGAAAAAAAUGAACCAGUUUCUUUGCCUGAAUUAACCAAAAGGAUUACAGAGGCCAAUGAGAGAAUAGCUAAGUUUCCUGAGAGUAUUAAGACCUGGCCCUUCCCAGACGUGCUGGAGUGCUGCCUCAUCCUGCUUCACAUCGGGUCCCAGUAUUCUGGCUUCGUGACCCAGGAAAUGCAGCAACAGGCUCAAGAGCUCCUUCAGAAAUACGGCAGCACUAACGUUUACAAACGACACUACCAGACCCUCUGCACGUGAACUUUCAAGGACCUCUAAGAAACAGUGCCAAAUUCAAAACAUCCAACACCUUUCACCUCUGCAUUUACACCUCGCCAGACAUUCACUUUGAUCCCUGUAUGUUUCUGCAGUGAUCCAGAUAAUACAAAUGAGAGUCAAGUUUUAAUCAACUCUACACUUAAACACAAAUCUGACUUUGGACUCAAUUGUGGUUUCCUACUGGAAGAAAGACCAUGAAAAGCCAGCAGUGGUUACUCAGAACUAACACCUGCAAAGUGAUUGUUGAUAAUCUCUAAAGCCUUAUGCAGGUUUCGUCCAAAGAGGAGAAACUAUUUUAAUCACCCAAAGUGUUACAUUCUUAAACACAAGCUACCUUUAUAAAUGCUUUGCCUGAUCAUAAACAUGUACACUCUUGUUUGAGGGUAGAGAUUAUGUCUUCCCUUUACUAUUUUACCCCUAGCACUCAAGAGUGUCUAGUAUCUAAUGGGUACAUAAUGGAAACUUUCAACUGAAUAAGUUGGGAAACAGAAAGAAUGCUCAUCAAUAGCUUAGACUUAAAGAACUCUAAACUGAGGUCACUGAUACCAGCACUGGCUGACAACUAAGGCUUGUGAUUGGUAGUUGACCUUACUGCGUUAGCAGAACACAGGAAUUCAAGAACAUCUGGCAGUACAAUAGCACCCCCCGUCAGCCACGAUUUCACUUUCCACAGUUUCAGUUACCCCCCAGUCAAUAGCAGUCCAAAAAUAUUAAAUGGGAAAUUCCAGAAAUAGACAACUUAUCAGUUUUAAACUGUGGCCAUUCUGAGUAGCAUGAUGAAAUCUCACGGCAGUCCCACUCCGUCCUACCCAGCACAUGACUCAUCCCUUUGUCCAGCAUACCCAUGCUGUAUAUACUACCUGCCCAUUAGUAUAGGAAAACCACAAAGCAUACAUUAUAGGGCUCAGUACUACCCAUGGUUUCAGGCCUCUACUGUGGGUCUUGAAACAUAACCCCCGCAGAUAAGGGGAGACUACUGUAUAUGGAGGGGCUGAAUUACACCCAUAGUUAGUAUUCUCUUGGUUACUCUUCAGGACCAUCCCUUUCUGAGGAUGACCACUAACACAGCCCUACAUACACUCAUAUAUAUACACAAGGCAAAGUUCUUUACAGUUCCACUACACUUGCGCCCCUUUCUUUAGCACCACUUUAAUAAGCUGUUUCUUAUCUCUCCCAUGCAAUGAGCACACCCCUACUCAACACUUAGUUCCUCAACCCUUCAUCUCAACAUUUCUCCUGACAUGUCAGUAAGCCUGUUGUCAACUGUGGCAAAAAUAAACACCUAUUUUAAAUCCAAAUUUGUUAAGGAUAUAUGUGUAGGGCUCACAGUCACCAGCAUGCUAAAGCACCUUGGUUGAGAACCACUGACCUAUGCUGCUCUACCACAAAUCUUACGAUAAAUAUAUCUCUUCCAGUAUGUGAACAUCCCAGUCAAAAUCCUAGAUCUGCUCCUGUACCUGACUUCUUACAACCCCACAUUUUUGGGCCAAUAGACAGGAUUGGAAACAAAGUCCUGAACCAAGUUUAGGAUAUCAGACGUUCAAUUUAUCCAAAAGAAGUCCACUAAUUAAUAAGUGAAUCUGCCAUAUAUAAUAGAGUAGCACCAGGAAGUAGAAUUAAAACUGAUUUUCUAGUAAGGCCCAAUAAUGAGCGAGGCGUAUGAAGUAAAGGGACAAUUCCGUUUACACAGCUGCUCGUUAAAAGCUUCCUACAAAGUGAGACAUUCUGUAAUGCAAGCCAACUUGUGGAAAAUGGAGGCAAGAGACAGGGAACAGACAAGAUGCUUCCACAUCACUGACAGCGAACAACCGUCUUCUAAAGCCAGCAAUUCAGAGCUUUGAAAGACCAAACCUUCAUGCCAGUGGUUAAAAAGAAAUCUUUAUUUUACAAAAUUAAAAACAUAAAUAAUAUUUACAAGCAUCUUAAAUACCAGCUUAUAAUACUUGACACUUUUGAAUCAUUUUAAAUUGAGUUUUCCAUAAGCUUUUAAUAUGCAAGACUAUUCAACCACUUCAGUGAGUUAUCAGUUUUCAUUUCCA